AUGUGUGUUGUUGAGGAGCGGCUGCUGCUGUCGGUGCUGCCGGAGCACGUGGCUGUGAAGAUGCGGCAGGACCUGGGCUCCGCCAAGGACAGUCAGUUCAAGAAGAUCUACAUGAGCCGGCACGAGAACGUCAGCAUCCUGUACGCUGACAUCGUCGGCUUCACCGCCAUCUCCUCCACCUAUUCCGCGACAGAGCUGGUGAAAAUACUCAACGAGUUGUUUGCACGCUUCGACCGGCUUUCGGAGCGCUACCACCAGCUGCGGAUCAAGAUCCUGGGCGACUGCUACUACUGCAUCAGCGGCGCCCCUCGGGAGCGUCCUGACCACGCCGUGCUGUGUGUCCACAUGGGCCUCUCCAUGGUAAAGGCCAUCAAGUACGUGCAGCAGACUACCAACUCGCCGGUGGACAUGCGCGUCGGCAUCCACACGGGUGCGGUGCUGGCCGGCGUGCUGGGGCAGCGCCAGUGGCAGUUCGAUGUCUACUCCAAGGAUGUGGAGCUGGCCAACAAGAUGGAGAGCAGCGGCCUGCCCGGGCGGGUGCACAUCUCGGAGAAGACGCUGGGCUUCCUGAACGGCGAGUUCGAGGUGGAGCCGGCGUUGGGCGAGAAGCGCGAGGAGAUGCUGCGCAUGGCGGGCAUCCGCACCUUCUUCAUCGUCCGCACGCUGAAGCCGUUCCGCCCUGACGGUGCAGAAAUGGGAAACGGCAUUGUAGCAGAAGAUGGUACAGCUAUCAUAACUGAGAAGGACGAAGACUCAGCGUGUGCCAGUCCUGUGGAGGAGAACCACGUGCUGGGAAACGGGCGAGGGAGAGAGGACUCGGAGAGUUUCAAGAAGCGGCUACGCGAGGAGCUGGUGAACAGGGACGGCCAGAGAGACCUGUCGAAGCACACGCACCUGGUGACGCUGGCGUUCAGCGACAAGCAGAAGGAGGUGGAGUACCAGCACCACAAGGAGUCCUUCGGCAGCGUCUCCGUGCUGGGCUGCCCGCUCGCCCUGCUGCUCAUCACCGUGGCCCGCGUCGUCGUGCUGCCCAGGGACGUGUUGAGCGUGUCUCUCGCCGGCGUCGCCGUGCUGCUGCUGCUGGCAUUGGCGCUCGUGUCCGUCGCGGAGUUCUUCCCCUCGGUGUUCCCGCGGCCCCUCGUGCGCUGCAGCGAGGCCACCAACAACGCGCUCUGGUCCAGGAGGCUGCUCGUGGUCGCCAUCAUCUUCCUGCUGGGCGCCGCCAACACUGUCGCUGUGGUGCCGUGCGUGUCGCCGGAGGAAGGCACGUGGUCGGCGGUGGCGAGCAACUGCACGGGCAUGCUGCGGCACGGGCCGUGGGACGCGUGCCUGCUGCCCAGCUACGUGUCGUCGUUCUGCGUGCUGGCGCUGGUGGCGGCGUCGCUGCCGGUGCAGCUGGCGCACGGCUACAAGGCGCUGCUGCUGGCGCUGCUGGCCGCCGCGCACGUCGCGCUCAACUGCACGCUGCUGGCGCCCGCGCUGCGCUGCGAGGAGGCCAUCGCCAGGAGCAACUGGCCCAACUCUGCGCCGGCCGAGCUGUCCCUGGGAGUGCUGCUGCUGGCUGUCACCUUGGCUCUCGCGUUCGUCGCCAGGCACACGGAGAAGGCGAUGCGCGUGCUGUUCGUGUGGCGCGCCGAGGUGGAGGAGCAGCGCGAGCGCGCUGCCGACAUGCGGCGCCGCAACGAGGCGCUCGUGUACAACAUCCUGCCGCCGCACGUCGCCGCGCACUUCAUGGGCAGCCGCAAGCGCCAGCACGAGGAGCUGUACAGCCAGAGCUACGCCGAGGUCGGCGUGCUCUUCGCCUCCAUGCCCAACUUCUCAGAUUUUUACUCAGAGGAAACUGUCAACAACCAAGGACUGGAAUGCCUAAGAUUCCUGAAUGAAGUUAUUUCGGAUUUUGAUGCAUUGCUGGAGCAGCCACACUACCAGGAUAUUAUCAAGAUCAAAACAAUUGGUUCAACAUACAUGGCAGCAAGUGGUCUCAACCCAUCACGCACAGUAAAGCCUGAUGAUCCUAUUACAGUAAGGUGGGCACAUCUGUCUCUCCUUGUUCAGUUUGCACUUGAACUCAAGAAAGCGCUACAGAGUAUUAACGAACAGAGUUUCAACCACUUCGUGCUAAAAAUGGGAAUUAAUCAUGGCCCAAUUACUGCUGGUGUCAUUGGUGCAAGAAAACCUCAUUAUGAUAUUUGGGGCAAUUCAGUCAAUGUAGCCUCACGGAUGGAGAGCACAGGGAAAGCAGGAUGUAUUCAGGUAACAGAUGAAACAAUGGAAAUCUUGAGGCACUUUGGCUAUGUGUUUGAACAACGUGGCCUUGUUUCUGUGAAAGGUAAAGGUCAGUUGAUGACAUACUACCUGAUUGGAAAAGAGGGACAAGAUGGUGUGACAGCAUCAAAUACAGUUCAAAAUGAAGGGGAACAGCCUCAGAAUGAAGAGGCACAGCCACCACUUGAAGACAGUCAACAGCCACAAGAGCAGACUGACCUGCACAAUAGAGCAUCGCCAGCUGAUGUAUCUCCUCUUGUUACUGAUGAUUGUAGGUAA